GGAGCUGCCGUAGACUUCAUUCCUUAUUCGUGCACGGCAACGAGCGCACGCGCUAAAAUCAUGCCUAAGCGUACUAUCGACGAACGAAUUAGUGCAUAUCACAAAAAAAUAGAAGAAUUACAACGAAAGAAAAAUAAAGAACCACCUUAUAAACGGAUUCGAGUAAUUCAGUCCUCGUCUGACGAGGACAAUGACCAAGAUACAAAUAUUGUUGUCCAUCGUCCUUUAACGGACCAAAUUAAUCGAGAAGGCAGCGUGACUGAACCUUUUCAAGUCGAGGGGCACCAGUGCACUCAACCAUUACCAAUGAAUGACCUCGAGGUGAAUCCUCGCCAAAACACUGAGCCAGAACAUGAGAUAGCCGAGCCGGAGGUGGAGCAAAGUGCUCCUAUGCCCGAUGAAACCGCGCAAGCAUCCGCGGAAAUGGUAGAACCGGAACUACUUAUGGCCUUGGGCGAGUCCACAGAUGAUAUACCUGAAUUUGGUAAACCGAUACACGACAGUUUAGCCAGUCUGUGGUUACCUCUACUAAAAAAGGGUCUGCUCAAAGAAAACAAAGAAAAACUUUUAAAAAGUUAUUUAAUACCCGAAAACUGCAAGCUUCUGCAGUCACCAAAACUUAACGCAGAGAUCUCAGCUGCAGUAUCUGAAAUAGUCAGAGGGCGCGAUAAAAAACUGUUUGGUUUUCAACAACAGCUCGGUGCAGGCAUUACUGCACUCAAUAAGGGUAUGGAGAUCCUACUAAAUAGCGAUAAUAAAGCCCAGGCUCUGACUCAUUUCAGUGACAGCUGUCGAAUCUUGACAGACCUUCACUGCGCGUCGACCAAAGAUAGAAUAAAAUUGAUAACUCCUAGUCUGGAAAAGAACAUCCUACAUGUAAUCCAAGAUUCCGAAAGAGACGAUACUCUCUUUGGUAACGCUUUGUCUGAAAAAAUUAAGGCAGGCAAAGCCAUUCAAAGACAAGGACAUCAGAUAAAAAAGACUGUGCCAUACCAACCCUCUACUUCCGGAUUUCGCCAGUCGACGGCAAGCCGCUAUACCCCGCCGGGAAACUGGAGGGGUCCACCUCGCUACUUCUACCCCAACAGCAGAGGUGGACGGGGCAGCCAGACGAGGAUGACAACUCCCAGGAGGUCGUACAAUUACACAUACAGCACAACUCCACCGGCAGCGAAACCUGCCCCUCAGACCAGGCCUCGUGCUCCAACUCAACAGUAAACCAGGUACAUUCUGGUAGAAUAAGUUCAUUUUACGAUUGCUGGCUAAAUAUAACUCAAAAUAAUGAAGUUUUAACUUGGAUUCGAGAGGGAUAUAAAAUUCCUUUCUCUAAAAGCGUUGAACAGCCUCCAGUAAGCCAUCCCACUUACUCUUCUGACGAAAGUCGUGACAUGUCACAUGCAAUUAAUAAAUUACUAGAGUUAGGUGCCAUUUCACAAUGUAAUGCAUCAAGUAACCAGUUCGUUUCCAAAAUAUUCUUGACGCCAAAACCUAAUGGCGAGAAACGAUUUAUUUUGAAUCUCAAAUCGCUCAAUAAAUUCAUUCCUAAAAUUCACUUUAAGAUGGAAGACCAUCGAACGGCAUCCAAGUUAAUAGCCCAGAAUAGUUACUUAGCCAACAUCGACUUAAAAGAAGCCUAUCUUUUAAUACCUAUUCA